AAACCGGCGGAAUCCUCACGGAGAGAGUGGAGCGAGAGCCUCUGGACAUCCAACCGCCCAGCAUGUGAGCCGACGCUCGGUGUGAAGUUUAGCCGAAAAGCCGUGGAAAUACUGUCCGGUUCUGUGUCUGGUUUGGGGAUUAACUAAAACCCGAACCCACUGAGGUUUUUUUAUUUAGAUUUUUCUUUUUUUUUUCGACAACGUUAGCUGGGGUGCAGUUUUUUCCACCGAGUGUGAGUGAGGAGUGGACUGCUGGAGUCACUUACAAAGAACAUUAAGAAGUCAUGACACGACGAACGUUUUCCUUGGAUUUAUCUUCAUAAAUUACAAGAAAAAAGUCGGUGUAAGACGCUCAAACUCAACCAAAGUGGACUAAAAGUGAGGAGUUUGGACGAUUAUUGUGGAAUUUUCGUCGUUUUCGGACGUUUUUAAGUCUCCAUACUUGGAUCAAAGUUUUCCUCUCCCUCCCUCCCCCCGCCUCCUCCUCCUCUCCAGCUAUGGCGGCGGCCAGGUUCACCGCUGGCUCCACGGUAUUGCGGAUCAUGUGGCUGCUGUGCGGGAUUUCGCUCUCCCCCACCUCUUCUGCUCAGCAUUACAACAGCGAUAGCGGAAUAUCAGUCCCGGAGCACGGCUUCUGCCAGCCCAUCUCCAUCCCGCUCUGCACCGACAUCGCCUACAACCAGACCAUCAUGCCGAACCUUCUGGGCCACACCAACCAGGAGGACGCCGGGCUGGAGGUGCACCAGUUCUACCCGCUGGUAAAGGUCCAAUGCUCUGCGGAUUUGAAGUUCUUCCUUUGCUCCAUGUACGCGCCUGUGUGCACAGUGCUGGAGCAGGCCAUCCCGCCCUGCCGGUCGCUGUGUGAGCGGGCACGGCAGGGAUGCGAAGCCCUGAUGAAUAAAUUCGGCUUCCAGUGGCCGGAGCGCCUCCGCUGCGAGGCUUUUCCGGUCCACGGAGCCGGAGAGAUCUGCGUCGGCCAGAACACAUCGGAACCGGGCGGCCCAGCGGCCUCAUCAGCCCCCCCACAAUCACUGACCCUUCCCCCUUUGAGCGGCGGGCCGAACCCUCCUCGCCCUCCUAUGCCCAAUCAGCCCAACCAGUUCUCCUGCCCCCUGCAGCUGCAGGUGCCUUCCUACCUGGGCUACAAAUUCAUGGGGGUGAGAGACUGCGGCGCCCCCUGUGAGCCCACCAAACCCAGCGGGAUCAUGUAUUUCCGGGAGGAUGAGGUAAAAUUCGGCAGGCUUUGGGUCGGGAUCUGGUCCAUACUGUGCUGCGUGAGCACCCUGUUCACUGUGCUCACCUAUUUAGUGGACAUGAGCAGGUUCAGGUACCCGGAGCGACCCAUCAUUUUCCUGUCCGGCUGCUACUUCAUGGUGGCUGUGGCCUACGCUGCUGGCUUCUUCCUGGAGGACCGGGUGGUUUGCGUGGAUAAAUUCAACCCGGACACCUACAGGACGGUGGCUCAGGGGACCAAAAAGGAGGGCUGCACCAUCCUCUUCAUGGUGCUGUACUUCUUCGGCAUGGCCAGCUCCAUCUGGUGGGUCAUCCUCUCCCUCACCUGGUUCCUCUCAGCCGGGAUGAAAUGGGGUCACGAGGCGAUAGAGGCCAAUUCCCAGUACUUCCACCUGGCUGCGUGGGCCGUCCCCGCCAUUAAGACCAUCACGAUCCUCGCCAUGGGUCAGGUGGACGGAGACGUGCUGACCGGGGUGUGCUUCGUGGGGAUCUUCAACGUGGACGCGCUAAGGGGCUUCGUGCUCGCGCCGCUAUUCGUCUACCUGUUCAUCGGCACGUCCUUCCUGCUGGCCGGCUUCGUGUCGCUCUUCCGGAUCCGCACCAUCAUGAAGCACGACGGUACCAAAACGGAGAAGCUGGAGAAGCUGAUGGUUCGGAUCGGGGUGUUCAGCGUGCUCUACACGGUGCCGGCCACCAUCGUGAUCGCCUGUUAUUUCUACGAGCAGGCCUUCAGGGAGCAGUGGGAGCGCACCUGGCACAUGCACACCUGUAAGCGCUUCGCCAUCCCCUGCCCGGUGCACAACUUCGCCCCCAUGAGCCCGGACUUCACCGUGUUCAUGAUCAAAUAUCUGAUGACCAUGAUCGUCGGUAUCACCUCCGGGUUUUGGGUCUGGUCCGGGAAGACCCUGCAGUCAUGGAGGAGUUUCUACCAGCGCGUCAGCAACGGGAACCACGGAGAAACAACGGUGUGAAAGCCUGAGAUAUCAAAUGAGGUCAAAAAGCUUUCAUUUCAAAAUCCCUACAAAAAAAA